CUGGUUGGGAAGGUACUGCUAAUGAUUCACGAGUAUUUGUUGACGCUGUCACAAGGAGCUCAAACAAUUUUCCAAUGCCACGAGGAGAUCAAUUUUACCUUGUUGAUUCUGGAUAUCCAAAUAUGCCUGGAUUUCUUGCCCCUUAUCGAGGUCAAAGAUAUCAUCUGCGUGACUAUGUUGGACGGGGAAGAUUACGUGGGAAGGAAGAAUUGUUCAACUAUAGACAUUCAUCGUGCCGUAACAUUAUUGAACGUUGCAUUGGAGUUUUAAAGGAGCACGCUUUAGAUAAGUUGUUCGUACAGUAUUCGGAGGAGAAUAUGGUGUUUCAAGAUAUCCCGGAGUCAAGUCAAGAUCAAGAAGUCAUAAAUUUUGAUGCUAGUCAAACAGCUCAAAUGGGACAAGUUAGGGAUCAAAUUGCUACACAAAUGUGGAAUGACUAUUCAAGACGUCGUAUAUGAUUUCGUGGAUGUAGUUUAUAUUUUGUUAGUGUCUACUUGUUUUGUAAUGACACAUAAACUUCGAAAAAUAUCUAUUGAAUUAUUCGUAUUCAGGAUUUUGAAUUAUUCUA